UUAUCAACUGACCAAUGAUCACUGGUCAUCGAGGUUUCCGAAAUUAGAUUUUUUUACGUCAGCCGACAUCAAUAAGGAAUAAUGUAACCAAUGAUGGAUCUUAAUUUUCCUCUUUUCUUGGUAUAAAGGCAGGUGAGAGUCUGUUAUGGGCACAGACGAUUGAAAGUUUAUCGACCAAGCAACAUUUGUUUUAAGAUAGUUGGAUAUAGCCUUGAUAUACACCAUGAACAAAAUGAUGUCAGCCAUUCGAUCGUUGUUUAUACUCUUCAUGGUACAAUGUAUCUACGCAGCUGUACUACAAGACGGCGUUUCACCAAGGAAACAGAGGAGACUGUUGAAAAAGGCAAUGCGUCAAAUCGCCAGGGAUCCGCUCUUGUCCCCUGGACUUCCUGUCUCAGAAUUUGCACCGAUCCCAGGACAGCUGAUGAAUCCUGGGAUAGUUGAUCCACUUUUAAUGCAAAGUCCCCUUGACUCAUUGCUAACUGAACACCAAGGACUUUUAUCAAUGGGGAUCGGACCUCAACGUCCACGCAUGGACACUAUGACAAGGGACCUCAUCAACCACAACAAAGCUAUUGGUACAAGAGAGUCAUUGCGACAGAAUAGACAAAUAAAAAAGGGACUGCGGAAGGCCCGAAAACAAUUUAGACAAGAAAAAAGGGCAAGAAAGCAGAUAAGGAAACAACAAAGACUCAUGCGGAAAGCUGCUAAACAAGUAAAUAUCAUUGGAGGUCCACACGACGUCAUGGGCGGGACACAUGAUGUUAUGGGUGGGUUACAUGGUGUCAUGGGCGGGACACAUGGUGUCAUGGGCGGGUUACAUGAUGUCAUGGGCGGGUCACAUGGUGUCAUGGGCGGGAGACAUGAUGUCAUGGGUGGGUUACAUGAUGUCAUGGGAGGGACACAUGGUGUCAUGGGCGGGUUACAUGAUGUCAUGGGCGGGACACAUGAUGUCAUGGGUUUACCACAUGGCAUUAAUGGAUUAUCAGCCCCAAUCUCGCCUCUUCAUCCGGAUCAUCAUGUUGCAGAAGAUCUUCUUCUAAAUGGUGGAUUAAAUAUCAACAAAAAGAUUGCCAAGCAGGAUAGAAAGGCAAUAAAGCAGAUUAAAAGACAACAAAAAAUUAUCAAAAAGAUUGCUAAACAAGCCAAACUUGUUGAUAGAGCUAUGGAUUUAAUUCCUGUACCGGAACCUGUGGGUCCUCUAACCGACUCGAUUUUAAUUAGCGAUGCCUUAAAUAUUAACAACAAAAUCGCCAAGAAGGAGAAAAAGAGAAUAAGGCAGAUUAAAAAACAACAAAAGAUUAUGAAAAAAGUUGUUAACCAAGCCGGACUUAUCAAUCAAGCCUUGGAUACAAUUCCUUUACCAGAACCUCACGUACCACUUCAACCCGAUCACCAUCUUACUGACAAGAUUUUGAUUAACGAUGCAUUGAAUAAUAACAAACAUUUAGCACAAAACAUUUUAAUCAAUGAUGCUAUCAAUAGAAAUCAACAUAUUGCAGAGAAAAUUUUAGUAAACGAUGCUUUGAAUAAAGGCAGUUUGUUAGGAGUAGGGGGUAUACAUGAUCAUCAUCUACAUGGUGGUGAUGCCAUAGUAACGCUUAUAGACGCUGAUCACCCACCGCCUCAUCAUCCUCAUCAUCAGCCUCAUCAUCCGCCACCCGCCCCGCCAAAACAAAACCCUAUAAAGUCUCUUGUGAAAGGCGUGAUAUUAGGUGGUCUUGGCGCUAUGUUGUUAGGGAAGUAACAGGUUGAUAUAUAAUUAUUCUUCUCUCAAAAGAUUUAUAAGCAGAUUUCAUAUUAGCAUACAUUGUUAUGUUUUAAUUUAUUUCUGUUGCUUGUCAAUUCAUGUUGUUUGUAAACCAUAUACUUAUAUGCAAAAUGAUAGAUUAUUUAUAUAUUCUGAUACACUACUUAAUUUCUGAUUUUAUACAUGUUAUAAUGUGACGUCAUGAAAUAUGAUGAGGUCAUUAAUUCUAGGUUAUAUUGUUAUAAUGUGAUAUACCCACAAUUUACCAAAUUAUUUAUAUAUAUAUCCUUAAAAAUGUAUUUUGUAUUUUGCUUACCUUGAUUCCCUUUAAAAUCACAAAAGAUAGCAUAUUGUCACUAAAUAUAUCUGGAUGCAACGAUAGGAAAUUUAAAAUACUUUAAAGGAAUCUAGCGAAUGAAAAUCCGCAGAUUUUAUUUAUCAUUAAAGUAAAAUAAGCUAAUAUUUACUAUUGCUAAAAUGUUUUUGAAAUACGUGCUACAUUAGCUUAGUACUGGCUAAAAUAUAUUGCUUUCAACCCAAUCAACUUUUCAAUUUAUAACUACGUUAUAGUUUAGAGAUUAAUCUUUAUUGAAUAGCAUGUUUUCUUUGCUGUUGAAUAGCCUCCUACAUAUGAUAUUUGUGAAUGUAAUUUCCCCGUGGGAACAAAAUCAAAUGAAGAAAUGAUGGGAGGCAGACAUUUAUCUUAUGUGCAACGACUUGUGCUUUAAGCCAUCCUUUGGUUUUGAGAAUAAGUACUUUUUGACUUAAAGUCCAAAUGGAUUUAAUUGUGUAAUUGCUAUUUUGCAAUAAAGUGUAAAUGGAUUUAUUUGUGUAAUUGCUAAUUUGCAAUAAAUUGUAAAUGGAUUUAUUUGUGUAAUUGCUAAUUUGCAAUAAAGUGUAAAUUGAUUUAA